CCCUCACACACACACACACACACAGUUUCGUUUUUGUAAACUUUGUUUCUUCGCGGUUCCAGUGCACCUUUUAGAUGAAAUGUAUACAAUAUGGCGUCCAGGAUGGUAAGGACGUUCAAGUUUCCCAAUUUAAUGGUUAAUAAAGUGAGAAACACUCCUUCUGACUUGAACAAAUUCCAGUGCAUGUCAGUAGUACCAAGAUUUUCAACACAGACAGUCCCAGAGAAAAAAGCAACUGAUGAUGGCCAGAAGGAUGAACUGUACAGACAGAUCACUGUGGAAGUGAAAGGUCAUGAUCCUGCUGUCAUGAAAAGUUACGAGAAGUUCACAAGGAUGGCUGCAUCAGGACUUGGGGUGGAUAUAGCAAAGAUAUUUGAACCCCCCAGGGUGAUCACAAGAUUGAGUUUACUCAAGUCAGUGUUUGUUCAUAAGAAGCAUUUUCACCAAUAUGAAGCAAGAACUCUGUAUAAAGUCAUAGAGCUGAAGCAUAUCACAGGGUCUACUGCCAGUACAUUUCUAGAGUACAUACAAAGAAAUCUACCUGAGGGCAUGGCAAUGAAAGUCACUAAGCAUGAAUUGCACCCACUCCCAGGGCAUUUGAAACCUCCAAGUUCGUCAAGGAUGAAUGCGGACACUCCCAGUUUAUCAUCAACAGAAUUUUUAGAGUCCAAUAAUGUAUCCAGUUUGUCCAGUGCCAGUGUUCCAUCCUCAGCAAGUUCAGUGCAACCAGAUGUGAAAUUGUGAUUUUUUGUUGACAAUAAAAUUGUAUUGUGUAAAGUG